CACUCAGGCACUGCUCCAGAAUCUCCCAUAAGUGUUGAAUCGGGUUGAGACCUUUUAAACCCCCUAUGCUCCUUUGAGACCUCUCUUUCAAAGUCACAGAUCUUUUUUAGACGUGGUCGCCAAAAUAAUGGGAAACGGGGCAUUUUAUACGUGACCCUAAGCAUGAUGGGAUGUUUUAAUUGCGUGAUUAACUCAAACCCCAUCUGUGUGGUUGCAACGGCUUUCAACAUGAAUCCCUCAUUCACUCGAAGUAUUUGCUUUUAUUUUGGUAUUUACCUCGUACCUAAUGAAUGUGAUUCAAUAUCAUGCACAUCUGCCAUAUUUUAUUCAUCAAGCAAUAAGGCAUGUAGUGCAUGGAGCCUAAUGUAACUCACAUUAUUUGAGCUUUACGAAUCCAAGUGGUUUUGCAUAGCGGUAUUGUACAUUUAAAGUUGAUCAAUUUCCACGCUAAAACUCGGGUAUCCUAAGGGUACUCGCCACUUGGGGUAGUAUGCACCCUUUCAAAACUUCAGUUCAGUCUUCUAUUUCGAAAACAAUUGCUUGUGUAGCUCAAAGCCUGCCCAUGUGUAAGGCCUGCUUACAUAGUUUUCUUUCGAGUAUUAAGUAUUGUCAGUCCGUCCUAUAUAUAACUCUCAAACACGGCUGUAGCUGCUUCAAUUCUCGUUAAAGGCAAUCCACACAAAGGCCAUUAUACCACAUCGAAUCUGAUUUUACUGUUUAAGACAAUGUAUGUAAAUGUGUCUGAUUUUAGCUGAGAUUAUAGUUCUUUAAACCUACUCUGACACCUCUUGAUUGGUUUGAGGAUCCCUGAUGCCUUAAAGUGAAAAUGUGCCAGAUUUAAUAUUGUUUCUAUACGAUUUCCUGCCUUCUCCACAACAUCAAAACUAGAAUUUAAUGUAUUGGGUUAUGAACUGGGAACAAUAAAAUUGUAUCUGGAAUUUUGAAUAGAGAAAAAGUUUAUCUAUGCAAUUCAAAUUACCGACCUGGGAGUGGGGAAUUUGGCAGUCAGAGGGCUUAGUCUAAAGUCCCUGUUAUGUUCAUAUGUAUGCAUUGUAUUCCCUUGAUGUAUAAUAAAACCCUUUCCUUUGGGAUAGAUGCAUCACACAAAAACACUGCAUGCCGUCUACCAAAUAAUGAGUCAAGGUGUCCACAGCAGUAGUUAUGAAGCCUUCCGGGCGCUGCUAACAGAAUAAAUACAUCUCAAUGGAACGCCGGGGGAGUUUCCGCCGUUGGUUACCGUUAUCAACAACAGCAAGCCAGGCAACAACAUGAUUGUGGUCCUUGUCUUGUGGGUGGUAUGAAAUAAUACCUAUCAAACAAAAGCAUUUUUUUUUUGUACUAAUGGAGCCAUGUAUCCAAGUGUCGGUAUAUAACGUGUAGCAUGUUGGAAUAAGAGCAUUAGCUAGCUAGAUAUGAAUUAAACCAGAAGUUUAUAUUGCUAGCUUUUUUUUUUUUUUUUUUAACUUUGACGUUACUGUAGCUAGGUACUGUACUAGCCAAAUGUGUGCUCUAGCUAGUAUUUUCAGUCUUGUAGGAUAUGUUGAGAUGUUGUAGAUAAGCAAGCUAUAUGACUAAAUCAAGACGGUUAACCCCAUUUUAUAUCCUGGACUUGGUCAUUUCAAAAUGUCUUGACAAGUAGUCCCAGUGGGCGGUUUUAUUAAUAAAGGUCAACACUAUCGGAUCUGCUACAGUACAGGCUGGCCAAGUAACGUUAGGAGUAUAUUAUGGCCGAGGACAAGAUUGAUGAGUGACUAGUGUGUGAUCUGACUUCUCCUGUGUGAUUGCUAGCAAGUCAUUAACGUUACUCAUCACUUAUGACUGCUGUUGUCACCAAGUCUGAUCCUUUAUCAGAGGCAGCUUGUCGACUCUUUAAUCCACAUAAGACCCUGACACUGCUUUAAAGCCAUCCAAGCUGUUGAGUCUCCUGCUGCAAAUCUGGUCAGUGAAAAGUGAAGAACACUGGAGAAUUGGAGAGCAGUUUAGGCCGGAUAUCGGGAUGAAGCAGGACAUUGCUGCACUGGAGCUGGUAGAAGUUCGAAAGUUACAUGAAUUAGUGCGGAGACUAGAAAUUCAAAAUGAAUCUCUAACUGAGAGGCGAAGAAAUAUCAACACCAAAAAACAGGCUCUCUCUGGUGUGCUUAUCAGCUGUCCCUCUUCACCGGAGGAACAUCUAAAUUGCUGUGAUUUGCCAGACCCUGAACCAGCAGAGGUCAACGGUGGGGAUGGUAUAUCUCCACCUCCUCUUGAAAGCCCCAGAGAUACACUAGUGAGGCAGGAUGGACACGUAUAUGAUGGCUGUUAUACACACUUGCCCCACAGUGACAUGUUGGAAGAGACACACAGGCAGGGAUGCAUAGGGUCAGAUGAGCUGGUGGUCAGGGACACAGAGAAAAGAGCAGAGCACUCUUCUCUGGAGCUAGUGGACCUCCUGGACCUAGAGGAGUGUUGUGAGGUGGAGAAUGAAGUGAGCUGGUUAUAUGAGUCACCCAAGAAAGGGGCAUCUGCCGAGAGAAGUGAUGUGUCCCCUAUAAAGUGGUGCAGACAGGUCCUGGACAACCCCAGCCCUGAAACAGAGGUGGCAUGUCGCACACUAAUUAAUAUCCUGGACCAAAAGACGAGAUGGAGUAGUAUCUUUAGCAGUCGCUACCACAGACGUCCUGUAGCCUUCCCUGACACUGGCCAUCGCUGCAUGGGCUCACCUUCCCCUCGGUACCAGAGAUCAACUGACAGAAGUCAACAAACCAACAAACCUAACAGCUCAGAUGGCAAUGAUGCCAUUUUACCACCAAUGGACGAGAAUGAGCCGAGUUUCUCAGAUGACUCCAUCACCAUGGGCUACAGGCUGCAGGACCUCACUGAUGUCCAGAUCAUGGCUCGCAUGCAGGAAGAGAGUUUACGACAGGACUAUGCCUCCAUCCCUGCUGCCCCCACACCGUUCAGGGGUCCUGGUGCAUCCAUGCUGUCACCUUCUAAUUAUAGCUACAGUGAUCUGGAGUUCGACAAGUAUAGCCUGGAGGACACAGUCGCAUACACACCGCCUCCCAGCCAGCUGCCCCACUACCGCCGUUCCCCAUUGGGCCAGUCACCCAGAGCCAUAGCCCAGCCUGGUUACAGCAACCAGCUGCCAAGGCCUCCCUGUCAAGCGACCACUCAAUCUAAGCUGUUUAAGAUUGCAAAGAGCAGAGAGGGUCUGAGAAGCAGCAUGUCCAACCAGGAUUCACCCCCUCGCACCAGCCUCCGCUCUCUCCAGGCAGUCAGGAACAGCCGCAACCUGGAGGCCAAUGGCCAGCUCCUCACAGACCACCCCACCUCCCACCUCACCUACCCUGUAGCAGGUUCAACCAGAUCUCCACCAGGUGAGUCUUCAGUCAGGCUUAGGAGUGGUGGCCGAUCUUCAUCUGUUUCUGCCAAAACCUUGAACUCCAGUGACCCCCCUGCAACUGGAGCAGCACGGCAGUCCCUGAGAGAAUCAUUUCAGGCCUUGUCUAUUAGAGGGCCGCCGAGAGCCCAGUCCCUCAUCCCCUCUGGUUUGAGGAUCCCCUGUCCCAGUAAGGACUUUUCAGUUGGAGGGUACCUAUCAAGUCAUGUCUAUGCCUCCCCUGAGAGGUCGACUACCAUGGCUUGGGGCAGACUGGGGCAGCCUGCCAAUAACCAUAGGUAAAAAGGUAUACUCAAUGUUUCUCAGUAAUUCCUCAGUAAUCUGUAACAUACUCUCACUCAAAAUAACUCCACUUAAUGUAUUAAAGCACAUUAAACAGUG